AAUUUAUUUAAAUAAAUUAUUUGUAGAUUAGUGAAAAUGUGUGUAAAUCUUACAGUGACAGGAAUGCCGUUUUUUUUACUACUUGGACUUCUUCUUUUCAUUAGCUGUUUCGCGUUCAUCAUAAAUUUUGUGGACACCAUGACCAAUAUUUUAAAAAUAAGAAUCUUUAUGAUUGCUGUAAGUUCUGUGUGCAGCGCUAUACUGUUUUGUUGGAAUGGUCAACAACUGAUUAAUGUGACAGGCAAUAUUUUUUAUACUUUGUCCGGGUCUCCUUGGUACUACUGGAAUCUUAAAAACAUUAAAACUUUUUUGAUAUUUAUGACGAAUUUUACUAAGAAUGAGAGUAUCAUUUGUACUGGGAUUUGUUUAAAUUACAAUUUGUUUGUUUCGUUGGUACGAAUUUCAGUCUCAUAUGCUCUAGUUUUGUACAAUCUUGGCAAAAGUAGUCUCGUUUAA